AUGAAAUACUCUUUUUCAAUUCCUCAACGGAAAUAUUUAGUCAAUAAGGAAAUAAAAUAUCCUGUGGAGAGGUUUCAUAAAGCAUGCAGAAAUGGAGAGAUAGAUCUUGUCAAAGAGAUUUGUACGAGUGACAGAAAAGAUGAAUACAUUGAUUCUGUUGAUAAUCAUCUCAAGUGGACACCUUUGGUACGCAGUAUUCUUGCAAGACAAAUUACUGUGGUAAAAAUGCUUCUGACGGCUGGAGCGAAUCCUGAAAUUAUAAGCUCUGAUGGAGAAACUGCAAUUUUUUAAUGCAUGCAAAAUUCAGAGUUCUACGAUUUUAGAGCUAUUAAUUAGAUAUAAGGUGGAUCUAAAUGUUGUGAAUAACAAAGGAGACUAUCCACUGCAUAUAACCUGUAUUCAAGGGAAUAGGAUGAUGUGCCAAUAUUUAUUAGCUAAAGGAAAAGCAAACCCAAAUGUCCAAAAUAAAAUUUCAAAUAAUACUCCUCUCCAUAUUGCAAUUGAGAGAGGACAUAUUGAUUGAGCAGUAUUGUUGCUGAAAUUUGGAGCAACUAACACUGUUCUCAACAUUAAUGGUCAAAAGCCAUUUGAUUUAGGAAACAAAUUGGACAAAAUAAAGCUUGAGAACUUUCUCUCUUACAAUAGAAGAAGUAAAUCUUGAAUAAGGAGAGAUAGAAGCAGAUCCAAACCAAGUUUCAUAGACUGUGACCUUUCUUGAAUAUCAACUUAUAAAGCAUCUCAGUGCGAAUCAGGUUUAAAUUCUCCUUCGUUCUCAAAUGGAAUAUCUAAAUUCCUUUACUCAACUAUUCAAAGCAAUAACCAAAAUGAAAAUUUAAGCCACAAAGAGGGGAUUAACAAAAGCAAUUGUCGAACAGAUCAAUGCUUGCAUCUUCAGGAGCAUCAGAAAAAUGCAUGAACUACUCAAAACAAGAAUAAAGCCAAUUUUCCCUGAAAAGACAAGCAAAUUCAAAAUGCCUAUUCUGAAUUCUACAAACAAGCGACUCACCAAGAAAACAGUUCAUAUAUAAAAAUAAACGAAAAUAAUACUCCAGCUGGUGAAGGGAUCAUACAAAGCGACUCUGGCUUCACUCAUGAACGAGUAGUAGAAACUGAAGAGAAGAUGUUGAGCUUUGACCUAAACACAUCUUUGGAAAGACUUAAUGAAAAGUUGAAAUAAAGCUUUAGAAGAAGAGAUUGAUCAGGAAAAUAACAUGAAUGAUAGUAACCUAAAUGCAGAUUUAGCAACCAUUGAUUAUAUCAUUGAAAACGGAAAAUCAACCAAAUUAAUACAAUCACUUGGAGAACAGAGGAGAGAGAGUAAGGGAAAUACCUUUGAGUUUACUAAAACUCAUGCUACUGGAAGUUUUGAUGAUAGUUCUCAGAAGAACUUUCUGAAGCAAAAUAUUAAAGAUAUCUCUGGAGUCUCUUUAAUAGAAGCAGGCUCUGAUUUACAAUCUGAUAGUGAAGACAACUCUGAAUUUGAAGAAUCUGGAAGCAUAGAUGAAAGAGUUCCCUCUAAAACCUUAGCCCAGAACCUAAUGUGCUCGUUUGGUAAUGAAUUACCCCAAAACUAUGAAAAAGACCCUGUAUGAAGAAAAAUUUUAAUUUCUUCCAGAAAAUAUAGUAACGAAAUGUGUUCAAUUGAUAAACUACAUACUGAUGAACAUUUCAUUGAAGAGACCAAAAAUCUUUUUAUUGAAGAACCAGAAAUUUUACAUGAAGAAAUAAUCAGACAUGAAGUUCCUGAUUCACAACUUUGAAAGAUAAACUUGCUUGAAAAAUCAAGAAAUGCAGAAUUUUCUCAGAGAUUUUAUUCAACUGGAUCCUGUAGAGGGCUACAAAAAUCAAAUUUUGGCUGAGAUAAAACCUCAGCUAAUAAAUUAAAGAAUAGAAACAAAUUGAAAAAUUCAAAGAUAGCGAAUCAUUUCAAUACCACUCUCAAAGAUCUGUCCAAUUUUAUAGUAGAGAAGGCUUGCUCAAAGUUAAGUUGCUAUUCUCCUGCCUCAAAAGAAUAUGAGAUUGACAUGACAAGAGAUAGACGCUCUAAAUAUCUUAGAUAGAGU